UGGGAGUUCAUUGUUAUUUCUUUAAUAACCUUAAAUGGGAGUUGCAGUUCAAUGCUAAACCAUGAACGGAGCGCUCGCAUCUGGUUUAUGUCGAUCACGUUAAGCCAGCUUUCUCUGGUCCUUGUAUGCCUGCAGCAUCUGAUAGUCACUCUCUUCCGCCACCCACCCUUGUCUUUUCACAGGGCAGAGUUUUAUAAGCAUAUUGUUCUUUCGGGGGGCUCCACCAUGUACCCUGGUCUGCCAUCCCGCCUGGAGCGUGAGAUCAAGCAGUUGUAUUUGGAGCAGGUGUUAAACGGGGAUGCAGGGAAGCUGUCGAAAUUCAAGAUUCGCAUUGAGGACCCCCCAUGCCGAAAACACAUGGUGUUCCUGGGGGGCGCUGUGCUCGCCAACAUCAUGAAAGACAAAGAGGGAUUCUGGCUACAACGGUCCGACUAUCUGGAAAAGGGGACCCGAGUACUGGAGGCGCUCGGAGGGCCUGUGCGAUAAGAGGGGAGGCACUCCUCAUGGUUUCCAGCCCACUUUUCCGAUCUCUUUUUCUUUCC